UCCAGCCUGAGCUGCAGCAGCCUGGGCUCAGCACAGGGUUUGCUGCUGCUCUACACAGCUCCUUGUGGGUGUUUUUGCACUGUUUAUAACCCCUGAUGGGUGGAAAUAAGUAAAUCUCAGAAUCUGCUUGGUUAGGACAAGUCACAGCGGGAUGAGGCAUUGGUAGAUCCGUACAGGAACAGUCUGUGACCAUGGAGAGAAACUUGCAGAAAGAUUUGGGAUAACUGUAAGGCCUGCCCUGCACCUAAAACUCAUGGUUGAUGUAUCCUACAGCUGAGGAUGGUAGAGAGCAGAUCUGGUGGCUCAUGAAUCACACUGAGGCUGUAAGUGCUUUGGCUCUAAUCAAGCUGUCUAGUGAACAUGUUUCUCUGUGCCUCAGUUUCUCCAUCAACGCAGUGCAGAUUUAAAGAUUGAACGAUGGGUGCGUAUGAAUGUCUGAUCAGCUCUUCAAACCUCAUAAGAGUCAACGCCGCCUCCCGCCUCCCUCGCCCGGCAUCGCCUCCCGCUCCCGCCGCUCCCGCCAUGACCGAUGCGGCCGUGUCCUUCGCCAAGGAUUUCCUCGCCGGCGGGGUGGCGGCCGCCAUCUCCAAGACCGCCGUCGCGCCCAUCGAGAGGGUCAAGCUGCUGCUGCAGGUGCAACACGCCAGCAAGCAGAUCUCGGCCGACAAGCACUACAAGGGCAUCAUCGACUGCGUGGUGCGCAUCCCGCGGGAGCAGGGCGUCCUCUCCUUCUGGCGCGGCAACCUGGCCAAUGUGAUCCGGUACUUCCCCACCCAGGCCCUCAACUUCGCCUUCAAGGAUAAGUACAAGCAGAUCUUCCUGGGCGGCGUGGACAAGCGGACCCAGUUCUGGCGGUACUUCGCCGGUAACCUGGCGUCCGGAGGUGCCGCCGGCGCGACCUCCCUCUGCUUCGUGUACCCCCUUGACUUUGCCCGAACCCGCCUGGCAGCGGAUGUGGGUAAAGCCGGGGCCGACCGGGAGUUCAGCGGGCUCGGUGACUGCCUGGUCAAAAUCUUCCGCUCGGAUGGUCUCAGGGGCCUGUACCAGGGCUUCAGUGUCUCUGUCCAGGGCAUUAUCAUCUACAGAGCUGCCUACUUUGGCAUCUACGACACCGCCAAGGGCAUGCUCCCAGACCCAAAGAACACCCACAUCGUUGUCAGCUGGAUGAUUGCUCAGACCGUCACUGCUGUCGCCGGUUUGGUCUCCUACCCCUUUGACACGGUUCGUCGUCGCAUGAUGAUGCAGUCUGGCCGUAAAGGAGCUGACAUAAUGUACACUGGCACUCUUGACUGCUGGAGGAAGAUUGCCCGGGAUGAGGGCUCCAAGGCGUUUUUCAAAGGUGCAUGGUCGAAUGUACUCCGAGGAAUGGGUGGUGCUUUUGUCUUAGUCUUGUAUGAUGAAAUCAAGAAGUACACAUAAGUUGUUUCCUGUUGUGAACUGGCAUGUUGUUCUGUGUAGUCUAUGACAGUUCAUGGACUUGUUUGAAAACCAUCUAGUUACUAAACAGUGACGGCUGAUGUUUAUACAGGUUGGCAUGGGGCAGGGGCAACAGCCUGCUCUGUCUUUAUUCCCCUUGAAGGGACUCAUGAUGGUUUCUAUUUCAGUCACUCCUGCUUAAAGAGUACAAAGAAAUAAAAAUCCGAAACCAAUA